AUGAUGGCGUCCUCGCAGGAGAAGGCCACGUCGGGUGUGCUGAGGAACGCGGCGGCGCUGCUCGACGAAAUGCAGCUCAUGGGAGAGACGCAGGGUGCGAAGAAGGUGAUCAACUCCGAGCUGUGGCACGCGUGCGCGGGGCCGCUGGUGUGCUUGCCGCAGCGGGGGAGCCUCGUCUACUACUUCCCCCAGGGGCACAGCGAGCAGGUUGCUGCUACCACUAAAAAGAUACCAAACUCUCGCAUCCCAAACUACCCGAGUCUCCCGUCGCAGCUGCUAUGCCAAGUCCACAACAUCACUUUGCAUGCUGACAAAGAAACUGAUGAGAUUUAUGCCCAGAUGACCCUGCAACCAGUACACACGGAAAAUGACGUCUUCCCAAUUCCAACUCUUGGUGCUUAUACCAAAAGCAAGCAUCCCACUGAAUAUUUCUGCAAAAAUUUAACCGCAAGUGAUACAAGUACACAUGGUGGUUUCUCAGUGCCACGGAGAGCUGCAGAGAAGUUGUUUCCGCAGUUGGAUUUCUCAAUGCAGCCUCCUAAUCAGGAGCUUAUCGUUCGAGAUUUGCAUGAUAACAUGUGGACAUUCCGUCACAUUUAUCGUGGCCAGCCAAAGCGUCAUCUUCUAACAACCGGAUGGAGUCUUUUUGUUGGGGCGAAGCGGCUUAAAGCUGGGGACUCUGUCUUAUUUAUCAGGGAUGAGAAGUCACAGCUCCUUGUGGGUGUUAGGCGGGCCACCCGACAACAACCGGCUUUGUCAUCAUCCGUCCUGUCUACUGACAGUAUGCACAUAGGUGUUCUUGCUGCAGCAGCUCAUGCAGCAUCAAGUGGUGGCUCAUUUACUAUCUACUACAAUCCUCGGACAAGCCCGUCGCCAUUUGUGAUUCCUCUUGCAAGGUACAAUAAGGCCACAUAUCUGCAACCAUCAGUCGGAAUGAGGUUCGCGAUGAUGUUUGAGACAGAAGAGUCAAUCAAGCGCAGAUGCACAGGUACAAUUGUGGGAAUUAGCGACUAUGACCCGAUGCGAUGGCCAAACUCAAAAUGGCGCAACUUGCAGGUAGAAUGGGAUGAACAUGGGUAUGGAGAAAGACCUGAAAGAGUUAGUUUAUGGGAUAUCGAAACUCCAGAGAACAUGGUUUUCUCUUCUCCAUUGAAUUCGAAGCGGCAAUGUCUUCCUAGUUAUGGAGUUGCUGGCCUACAAAUUGGAUCUGUAAAUAUGUCAUCAAUUCCAAGGGCACAAGGAAAUUCUUUCGGUAACUUGCAACACAUGCCAGGGAUGGGCUCAGAAUUAGCUUUGCUGCUUCUCAAUCAAUCUGGCCAGAACCUCGGGAGUCCAAUUGCUUGUCAACAAUCAUCAUUUUCCAGCAUUAUUCAAAAUGCUAAGCACAGCUAUUUCCCUCCAUCGACAUUUGGUGCUUCCACUGGUUCAGUGAAGCAAGAAAGCAUUCCUCCGAAUGAAGCCCAGCAGCAGUUGAAUACUCUUAAUAUUCAGAAAGGUGAUCAAGUAAGCUGUGAAGUUCAGCCAGCUAUUGAUUCAAUUUCUGCACAGGAGAUGAAUGUUAAACCAAGAGGGCCAAGAAGUACAGAUUCAUACUCAAGCCAAAGCAUUUCAGAUCAAAACAACAAGGGUGAGCCUAGAACAAAAACUCGAAGGAGCAAGAAGAGCUCGUCUCACAAAACCAUUUCAGAUAAAUCUGAGCUUUCUUCAGUACCUUCUCAGAUUUGUGACAAACAGAGGCAUGGUUCAGAACCAACAUCGGCUGACUGUGGAGCCGAACAAGCUACCUGUGGGAAUAAUGAAGAUUCAUCUGGUGCACUUACACGAGGUGAUUUUGCGGGAGAGCUCCAAGUUCAGCAGGUUGAACAGCAUGAACUACUUUCACCACCGAAGUUAGAAUCAUCAAAGUCACCUGAUGGAGGUAAGUCCGUCAGCUCGUUCCCAAACCAAGGGUGUUUCUCACAGUUCUUUGAGGGCCUGGAUUGGAUGAUUCCGCCUUCCUACUACCAAGACUCCAAUGGCAUUCAAUCAGUUACCGCAUCGGAUAACAUUUUUAACCCGUCUGAAGGUAUACCUUCCACAAUGAAUACGGAUGGCUUGGAGACGUUUCAAACCUCUUGCCUGUCCGAGUGCUUUCCUAAUUCCAUUCAAGAGUUCAUCAGCAGUCCUGAUAUAAAUACACUGACAUUUAUGUCGCCUGAGAUGCAACAUUUGGAUGCCCAACACGACGGCAGCAACGUGCCGAGCACAUCCAACUCCUAUGUGAAGAUGAGUUUCUCAGAGGAGAGUCAGAGUGCAUCCUUAAGUGGCCUGCACAUGGAAGCUAUCCAUAUAAACAACUCAUCAUGCUCUCAACCACUGGCAACGGGGAGCUUUGAUGCAGGGGCGUUCUCAAAAUUGUCAAACAUGAAAGAAUGCCAAGCCUUGCCUCUACAAGAGAUUCACAAUAGUUCCAUGGGAACACCUUCGUGCAGUAUGGAUGCAGCGGCCGAGUACAGCAUGGUUCGAAGCGUGAAGCCAAUGAAACCACCGGUCCGGACAUAUACAAAGGUUCAAAAGUUAGGAUCAGUUGGAAGAUCUAUUGACGUCACACGGUUCAGAGAUUACCAUGAGUUAAGGUCAGCCAUUGCAUGCAUGUUUGGACUCCAAGGGAAACUGGAACAUCCUGGCAGUUCAGACUGGAAGCUUGUUUAUGUCGACUACGAGAACGACGUUCUUCUCGUUGGAGACGAUCCAUGGGACCCAAAACUACCAACCAACCCAAGCUUUGUUUGCUGCCUGCCGCGGCGCGUCGCAACCCGGGCCGCCAAGAUAGGGUCGGAAAGCCCCGCCGCCGACGGCGUCGGCGACGCCGCGCGCAAGCGGCCCAGCAGCGGCAAUGGCCCCACCCCGGCGCCCGCCGACAAGCGCCGCCGCCCGGAGCACCCCUCCUCCUCCUCCGCGGGCUCACGCGACCGCCACCAGGCCCACCACCACCAACCCCACGGCCGACGGCCGCCGUCCUCCUCGGCCGAGGAGAAGGUGCGCGCCUCCCACAUCCUGAUCAAGCACGAGGGCUCCCGCCGCAAGGCCUCGUGGCGGGAUCCCGAAGGCGUCGCCAUCUCCGCCACGACCCGCGACGACGCGGCCGACCUCGCGCGCGCGCUCCGCGACCAGAUCGUCUCCGGGGACCGCAAGUUCGAGGACAUCGCCGCCGAGAACUCCGACUGCAGCUCGGCCAAGCGCGGCGGUGACCUCGGUUCAUUUGGGAGGGGUAAGAUGCAGAAGGCUUUUGAGAAGGCUGCGUUUGCUCUGAAGGCGGGGGAGAUAAGUGACGUGGUUGAUACAGAGAGCGGGGUGCACAUCAUCAAGAGGACUGGCUGA